ACACCGAUAAGUUGAAAUAUUACUCUGUUUCCCCUGGCAUUGGAUCUUGCCAUAUUCUGUGAUAAUAAAUAUUAGCACUAGACUCGCCAUGAAGCUUUGGAAUUGGCCAGCCUUGGUCGGCUUCCUCGCCACAACUGCCGUUGCUUCGGACAUUCUUACACCAGAUGCUGUUGAAAGGGAUAUUGAGGAAAACAAUCUUCGAAAUGUUCUCUGGAAUUUGAACCACAUUGCCGAUUCAAAUGGCGGAAACCGAGCCUUUGGGUUUCCUGGCUACAAUGCUUCAAUUGACUUCAUCUUGGAACGCAUGGUGACACGCUUCGGCAAAGAAUUUGACACUUACGUCCAGCCCUUCAACCAUACAUUCGAAACCACUCGGAGCAUCAAAGUCAUUGGACCCCAUGAUGAAGACGUGUAUGUAAUCUCACUGCAGUACAAUACCGCCACGCCUCUACCUGGUGGUAUCAAGGCUCCACUGGUCGACACACCGGUGGAUGAUCUGCGUGGAUCCGCAUGCUUUGAAGACCAAUGGGAUGGAAUCAAUGCUGCCGGGAAGAUUGCCCUAGUCAAGCGAGGCGUAUGUGCGAUUGCCGACAAGCUCAAGCUUGCCAAGUCGCAUGGUGCGUUGGCCGUCAUCUUGUAUAACAAUGUCCCGGGGAAACCUAUUGGGUCGGCCACUCUGAGCGCUUCCAACCUCGGUCUCCUGGUCCCGGUUGGAGUCAUUACACUGGAGAAUGGUUCUGACUGGAAAGAACGUCUCGCAGAUGGCGAAGAACUAACCGCCACGCUCAUUGUGGAUUCAGAGACUGAGCUCAGAGAGUCUUGGAACAUCAUUUCGGAAACAAAACAGGGCGACCCAAAUAACGUCAUCAUGCUCGGUGCUCAUCUUGACUCUGUCCAAGCUGGCGCUGGUGUGAAUGACGACGGCAGUGGCACGGCUGCUCUUCUUGAGAUAGCUACAUCUUUCCAAAAAUACGAGGGGCUCGCCAACAAAGUACGAUUUGCUUGGUGGGGUGCUGAAGAGAGCGGUCUGAUCGGCUCUCUGUACUAUGGCCAACAUCUAUCAGAAAAGGACGCAGACCAUAUUCGCUUUUACUUCAAUUACGACAUGAUUGGCUCUAAGCAGCCCAUUUACGCUGUGUACGCUGAUACCGAAGCUCACGAGACUGGUGGAUCCAUUCUCUUUGACUAUCUCAAGGCCAAAGGCAAGCCUGUUUAUUAUGGCGGAUUCGGUUCUUCCUCUGAUUAUGUCGCCUUCUUGGAACUCGGCAUUCCAUCAUCAGGUCUUUUCACCGGAGCCGGCGCACCGGAAGAUGAGUGUUACCACCAAGCUUGCGAUAACCUCGACAACAUAAACUGGGAGGCUAUCACGUUGAACGCCAAGGCUGCUGGUCGUGCAGCGGCUCAGCUUGCUUUGAGUCUAGACGGGAUUCCUCCUCGAGAAAAGGUUUCUAUCAACCCAAGUAGCAAACGAGGUGUCCAGAGACAGCUAAAUAGGGCGGCGCAGCUCACUAGAGUGAUUGACAAGUCUCACAAGUGUGGAGGAGGCCUGGCUGAUAACACAGUUUGAGAUUAUUAUUGCAAUAUGCUGAAAGGUCAUUGAGUAGCCAGGAAAUUAGUCGUUAGUCAUUAGUCAUUAAGAAAUAUCACUACGGUUAUAA